UCCCUGCCUGCAGCUCAGAGACCACGCCAAGGAGACAGCCGCCACCGCUACCGCUGCUGCCGCCGCCACCAAGGAGGAAGAGCAAGGGAAGGAUGUGGGUUUUUGGUUACGGGUCCCUCAUCUGGAAGGUGGACUUCCCCUAUCAGGACAAGGUGGUUGGAUAUAUCUCAGGCUACAGCAGGCGCUUCUGGCAGGGCAGCAUCGACCACCGCGGGGUUCCUGGCAAGGGUUGUGUAUGGGGUGUUGCUUACAGACUGCCAGUAGGAAAGGAAGAAGAAGUAAAAGCAUACCUUGACUUCAGAGAGAAAGGAGGCUACAGGACCACAACAGUCAUUUUUUAUCCAAAAGAUUCCACAACAGAACCAUUCACUGUGUUGCUAUAUAUUGGAACAUGUGAUAAUCCUAAUUAUCUUGGUCCUGCACCUCUGGAAGACAUUGCUGAACAAAUUUUUAAUGCAGCUGGUCCAAGUGGAAAAAAUACAGAAUAUCUUUUUGAACUUGCAAAUUCUGUUAGAAGCCUUGUGCCAGAAGAUGCAGAUGAGCAUCUUUUCUCUUUGGAAAAAUUAGUAAAGGAACGUUUAGAAGGAAAACAGAACUUCAAUUGCUUAAAAAGACCUAACUGACUUUUCCAAACAAGCAGAGCUUUUAGUCUUCAGAGAACAGCACAAUGGCAUCAUGAUUUGUAAAUGUGUUUACUUGAAAAUCUUAGUUGUGUUUAAUGUUGUAGUCAAGAUAUCAUCUAAAUUUAUAGUUUAAUUGCAAGUGGCCUGAAACACAUACAUAUUCAAGAUAUUGGGGUAUAGUUAAAGAAAAAAUUUGUUUCAAUAAUAUAAUAAUUUUCCAGCUAUGUGAUAUUAAAUACUUGCUCAUGAGAAGUGAGUUCUUUAGAAAAAUACAAUGAAGGACUCAGUUCAGAACUUGUUUUUAUCUGAAUAAAUAUAAUUCUGUUAUUUCAUAUCACAGUACUAUUUUGAAGUUGUAGAGAAUUAAACCAAAAGACCAGUAAAUAUAAGGUUAUACCUUCAAUAUAUUCCCAUACAUCAACUCUGUAAUCAUGGUUUAAAAUAAAUAAGCUUAAAAUAACAUGUAAUUUAAAACGUUUGGUAAUAUAGACAAGAUUUGGGCCUUGAAUGUGAAUCUCCUUAUUUAGGUAUUAAAUGAAAUCCUUUCCAAUUUAAGCCAAAAAAUUGCAUUUUAAUAUAAAAAUUUCCUUGGAAUUAUAAUGUACUAUACCUCUCCAUUUUUGAAUAAAUGUAUUUUACUACAUGGAAAAAACCCUUUCAGCUAGAAAAGCACAAAUUAUACAAAUCAUGUCUACUAACAAUGUAGUCUAGUCUGUCACUCACUUUGUAUUAAUCUUAUACUGAAACUUAAAAAAAACAAAGAUGGGCUAUCUGAUAUUACAAAUUAACAGAAACAUAUAAUGAAAGUUUGCUGUUUGAAAUGGUGUUUAGAAUUGUAAUUUUUUAAAGUAAGAAGUGGCAUUACCUGA